AUGGCCCAUCAAGCCCCACACCAAGUGCUUGGUGAAGAGAUUGGAAGGUUGAUUUCACCAGAAGAAGACGGCGGAUUCCUCUUGACCAGCUGUCGAUUGGCUUUACUGGAACAUUCACGAUGGCGCUUUUUCUCAGUCAAGACCUUUGGACCUGUAACUCAAGCUUCGUUUCUGAUAAAUAUGGGACUUUUAAAAAGAUUCAAAAUCUUGAUGGCAUCAUGUAAAACUGAUACAAUGCGCCAUGAGCUUCUUUCUGGAGUGGAAAUGUUAAUCUCCCGCGAUCAGAUGGGAGGCCGUUUCAAUUUUUUGGCCCUUCUUCCAUAUUCAGCAAAAGAUCGUCUCCCGGCCGGAUUCGCUACUGAUUGA